UCUUUGAUUACAGUGUUGGAAACCGAAGUCAUGCAACAACACAACUUGUCCGGCCCCAAGGACGGUGAAGAAUUCGAUCCCUAUGUCUGCAGUCUGAGUCCCGAAUUGAAAGCCGUGGCCAAGGAGGAACUGCACGAAGAUGACAACAUUCGUAAACAAGCCUUGGCCCAAUUUCGUGAAUGGAUUGCCAAACAUCCACACAUUAAAAAAUGCCGAACCGAUACCAUUUUCCUUUUGCGUUUUUUGCGCACCAAAAAAUUCUCCGUACCUGCCGCCUGUGAAAUGUUGGAACGUUAUUUGACAAUUAGACAGUUGUUCCCACAUUGGUUCAGUAAAUUGGAUAUUGAAGAUCCGGCAAUGAGUGAAAUAUUCGAUAAUGGCUAUUUGGUUCCGCUGCCACAGCGUGAUGAACACGGCCGUCAGAUUCUUUUCUCAGUGGCUGCCAAAUUUGAUCCCUACAAAUAUACCUCCGUGCAAAUGGCUCGCAUCCACUCUCUGAUCUGUGAGGCAUUGUUGGAUGAUGAGGAUUCUCAGGUGGCUGGGUAUGUGUAUGUCAACGAUGAGAGUGGCAUGAAUAUGGGUUUUGUCAGUUUGUGGUCCCUUACCGAUUUGAGAAGUAUUUUGAAAUGUAUUCAAAACUCCACACCGAUGCGUCACAAGGAGACACAUUUCCUCAAUAUACCUCAUUAUGCCAACAGAAUUAUUGAAUUGGCCGUGUCCAUGUUGAGCGAUAAACUGAAAAAGAGAAUUAUUGUCCACAAAAGCAUUGACUCACUGAAGAGCAAAAUUGAUCCCAAAAUUUUACCCAAGGAAUAUGGCGGCACUGUACCCCUGGCCGACAUGAUCAAGGAAUUCAAAGUGAAAUUGCAACAGAAACGGGCUGCCAUUUUGGCCCUGGACGACAUGCAAAUUGAAAUCACAAAGGAUGCUGCCAGUUUUGCCGGCAAUGAUGUGGGAGAAAUUGAUUCGGGUGUUGUGGGUAGUUUUAGAAAACUGGAGGUCGACUAG